AUGCCUCUAAGGAGUAAUGUGUGUAAGAAAGGUAUCAUCCUCAAUCCCUCGUGCCCUCUGUGUUAUUGUGAUGCUGAAUCUUCUUCCCACCUUUUUCUUCACUGUGAUUUUAUCAAAAGAAUGUUUUUUUCGCCUCCUCUGGGUGUGAGAAUAUCGGAUGUUGAAGAGGUCAUGGACUGGCUGUUGCCUAUUUUUCGCAGUAAGGAGGUAAAAUUAUGCCAAGUGGUUUGUAUGGGGCUAUGGAAGGUGUGGAAAGCUAGGAACUCAGUGGUGUUUGAUAAGGGUGCUCCCUGCCCUAUGUUGGUUGCUAAAGAUGUGUGGCUUUCCUCCAUUGAAUUAGACAGCAACUUGUUGGUUUCUACGGAUCGAGUGAUGCCCUCGAAGGUGGAAGCGACGUGUGGGAAUUCCUGGAUUAUCCAAACUGACGCGGGGUGUUUUGAUGGAGGCAUUGUCUCUCUUGGUUGUGUUAUAAGGGCAGCAAAUUCAGAAGUUCUGCUGGCUGCCACUCAGAGGAUCACAAGUUUUGUCGCACCGGGCACGGCGGAAGCUCUUGGAAUUCGGUGGGAUCUACAACUAGCUAAGGAACCCGAGCUCGAUAAAGUGGUGCUCCAGUCGGAUGCGCUAGCCGUGGUCGACUGUAUUAAUGGCGUCUCUUUAGUGCUGGACCUGGAUCCUAUCGUUAUGGAUUGUCGUUCUUUUCGUAGUUCUCUUUUUUCAUCUACUGUUAUGUUUAUAGGAAGGGAUGCCGAUACUGAUGCUCUUAGUUUGGUGGGCAUUGGGAAGUUGGUUGACUCUCGUACUUGGUUAGGUGUUAUCCCUCGCAACGAGGAGUUUCCUGUAGUUUUAACUAAUUUGACCUUCUUUUAA